CGGGAGUUGUGGAAAAUUCUAGCGGCAAUUUACUUCUCCAGUGGGUUUUCUGACUUAAGCGUGUGUUGACUACUGUGCUGUGCUAUACAAUAUUUGUGUGGCAAAAUAAAGUGCCUUUUGUUUCAUUAAAAUACCUCCAGUGUUACUAAUAUAGCAAAAUGUCUCUAAUCAACGACAAGGAAAAUCUGCACAACGGAAUCAACAACGUGCAUAUCAAGUCACCCGUAAAGAGUAACGUACUCGCAGCGCAAAACGGCAACGUAAAAGAGGAAAAAUCAGAUACAAUGGAUGUUGAAAAAACCGAGGACGUCCCCGCGUUCGACCCCCAGCUGGAGCCCCUGCUGCGCGAAAACCCUCGUAGAUUUGUUAUCUUUCCAAUCCAGUACAACGACAUUUGGCAAAUGUACAAAAAGGCUGAAGCAUCCUUCUGGACUGUGGAGGAAGUUGAUCUCUCAAAGGACAUGCAUGACUGGGAGAACCUGAAGGACAGUGAGAGACACUUCAUCAAGCAUGUGCUGGCGUUCUUCGCUGCCUCGGACGGCAUUGUCAAUGAGAACCUGGUGGAGCGCUUCUCGCAAGAGGUGCAGGUCACAGAAGCCAGAUGCUUCUACGGGUUCCAGAUUGCUAUGGAGAAUGUACAUUCUGAAAUGUACUCUUUAUUGAUUGACACAUACAUUAGAGAUCCUAAGGAAAGAGAUUUCCUAUUCAAUGCCAUUGAAACACUUCCUUGCAUCAAAAGGAAGGCAGAUUGGGCUCUGCAGUGGAUCGGAAGCAAGACGGCAACCUUCGGAGAGAGGAUAGUAGCCUUUGCCGCAGUUGAAGGCAUUUUCUUCUCGGGCAGCUUUGCUUCCAUCUUCUGGCUGAAGAAGCGCGGCCUUAUGCCGGGCUUGACCUUCAGCAAUGAGCUUAUUUCCAGAGAUGAGGGGCUCCACACAGACUUCGCGUGCCUGAUGUUCAAGCACCUGGUGCAGAAGCCGAGCAAGGAGCGCGUGAUGACCAUCGUGAAGGACGCCGUGGUGAUCGAGCAGGAGUUCCUCACGGACGCGCUGCCCGUGCGGCUGCUCGGCAUGAACUGCGACCUCAUGUCCGAAUACAUCGAGUUUGUUGCCGACAGGCUGCUCAUGGAUCUCAUUGGUGAAAAGCACUACAACACAAAGAACCCAUUCGACUUCAUGAACCUGAUCUCGCUGGAGGGCAAGACCAACUUCUUCGAGAAGAAGGUCGGCGAGUACCAGAAGUGGGGCGUCAUGGCCAACCGCAUGGACAACGUCUUCACGCUAGACGCGGAGUUUUAGCAUUUCUAGAGUUAUGUACUUAUUUGUAGUAUCAUGUACGCACUACGCGGCGAUGUUAAACUUUUAAUCGCUUCCAUAGAGAACUUUCUGUAUAAAAUAAAUUAUUUUAUACAAUUAAGACCCUUGGAUAAGGCACAAUAUUAAGAUUUAUAUGUAAAUUGUGUAUUUUGAUGUAUGUUUUCUCGAUCGCUGAAAGAGUGAGUGCAUGGACUGACAGUAUUAUUUGUUCCAAUAAUAGUAACUGCCUAGCAAAUUGAUAAGAUAUCUACCGGUGGAGCCGGUACGGUUAUUGCUAUGUGAAAAUCUUUUUUCAUAAAUUCCCCUUGACAUCUCAUAGAAUAUUGACUACUUUAAGAUAAUAAGUACCUGGCGGACAGAGAGUAUAAUAAUAUUAAAUAAGUAUAAAUUUAAUAAGUUAUUAAUUAAGAAUGAACUUUAUUCCUGCAUUUUGUACUUUUUUAAAGAAUUACUUUGGAUUAGGUUCUUAAUGCAAUUUUCUUAGAAUCGGUAACGUGUGAUAAUAAUGAUAAAUAAAAUUUAACUUUUAAUGACUACAAA